AAUCCCAUUCUUUGUCCACCAAACGGCAUUCCGGGGUGGAGACUGAGGUGCCUCGAUGCUACUGUCAUAACCCGACAAUAUUUACAAAGCUGUCAGACUUCAGAUAUUUGUGUUGCUCUUUCUGAACAGGGUAUGGGCUUCCUGGGAACCAGGGACCACUAAGUUAUGAAGCUCUUUCCUUCCAGACCUUCCCUGUACUCCAGUUACUGUCACAGCCUAAGCUUUACCUGCUGCUGCUCUCCCAACCACCAUCUCUGCUCUCCCAACCACCAUCUCUGCUCUCCCAACCACCAUCUCUGCUCUCCCAACCACCAUCUCUGCUCUCCCAACCACCAUCUCUGCUCAGCCUGGUACUAGCAGCUUGGCUCAGACUCACUUCAUCACAAAGAAGAAAAAAAGAGAAAGAGAGAGGGAGAAGAGAUCCCUCCCCAGCUGCCAUCCAAACACACAUGGUGCAUAGCUGCCAUUCUCUAGCCUCCAUCUAUCUCCGUGACCCGGCCUCCAGCUAGCUCCUGGCACACAUCACAUAGCCUAGCCUAGCCCAGGGCCUGCCCAAGGGAUAUAAAUAGGCAGCAUCCAGCUAGUGUGUGGAGUGUGCACUUGUUUCCUUUUUUCCCCGGGUCAUACACACGCCUAGUAGGGGUCACACCCAUUUGUUUUCUGUCUUCCCUCUGCCUGGAGCAGUGGUAGUUAGUGGUGGGACCGAGGAGAGAGUGACGAGGCAGAGACCAUGGAGGUCAAUAUGGAGUAUUGUCUGGCCCAGGUGGUGCAGAAAGACCUGGGGCGGAAGGUGCAGGUGGGACAGGAGCUCAUAGAUUACAUCGUGGAUAAGGAGAAGUCCCAGGACCUGGAGCAAGACCAGACGGCUCUGGACAGGAUGGUGGACGGCAUCGCUACCACCUGGGUCAACUCCUCCAAUUUCAAGGUGGCUUUGCUAGGUAUAGACCUUUUAUCUGCCUUAGUGACAAGGUUACAGGACCGAUUUAGGAACCAUGUGGGAACAGUACUGGCCAGUCUGAUAGAUCGUCUGGGUGAUUCCAAAGACCAAGUCAGAGACCAAGAUCAAAUCCUGCUGCUGAAGAUCAUGGAGCAGGCUGCCUCCCCACAGUAUGUUUGGGACAGAAUGCUGGGAGGCUUCAAACACAAGAACAACAGGACCAGAGAGGGAGCCUGCCUUUGUCUCAUCUCAACUCUCAACAUGUACGGAGCCCAAGGCCUAACCCUCAGUAAAAUAGUCCCUCACAUAUGUAAUCUUCUAGGAGAUCCCACCAGUCAGGUGAGAGAUGCAGCUAUGGGCUGCCUGGUGGAGAUCUACAGACACGUGGGGGAGAGGGUGAGGAUGGAUCUUUCCAAGAAGGGCCUGCCACAGUCACGGUUGAAUGUAAUCUUCAGCCGAUUUGAUGAAGUCCAAAGAUCUGGGAACAUGAUCCCAUCCUCAGGUUCAGAUAAGAACUUUGAUGAUGAGGACUCUGUGGACGGGGGCCGGUCCUCCUCCUCUGCAUCGUCCUCCAAGGCGCCCCCCAGUGGUAGGAGGGCUGUAGCUGCGGCUUCUGUCCGCAGGCCCAGCUCUGCCACCGGACCUGGCAAGAUCUCUGCUAAAGAUGCUGCUGCAGGUGCUGUUGAUGAGGAGGACUUCAUCAAGGCUUUUGAAGAGGUUCCUACUAUCCAGAUUCACUCCAACAGAGAUAUGGAGGACAAUCUCUCCAAGGUUCGGGAGGUUCUAUCUGACGACAAAAACGACUGGGAGCACAGAGUCGUCGCCCUGAAGAAGGUGCGUUCUCUGCUCGUGGCUGGAGCCCUGGACUAUGAUAGUUUCCCUCAGCAGCUCCGUCUGCUUGAGGCCCCUCUCAAGCUGUCAGCUAAAGACCUGAGGUCCCAGGUGGUACGAGAGGCCUGCAUCACACUGGGAUACCUGUCCACGUUACUGGGAAACAAGUUUGACCACUGUGCAGAGACCCUGAUGCCCACACUGCUCAACCUGGUGCCCAACAGUGCCAAGGUGAUGGCCACGUCUGGCAUGGCAGCCAUACGUCUCAUCCUCAGGCACACACACUACUCACGUCUCAUCCCCAUCAUCACUAGUAACUGCACGUCCAAAUCAGUGGCCGUCCGAAGGCGCAGUUAUGAGUUCUUAGAGCUGUUAUUACUGGAGUGGCAGACACACACACUGGAGAGGCACGUGGCUGUUCUGACUGAAACCAUCAAGAAAGGGAUCCAUGAUGCUGACUCAGAGGCCAGAUCGGUCGCGAGAAAGUGUUAUUGGGGUUUCCAUGGCCACUACAGCCGGGAGGCGGAGCAUCUGUUCCAGGCCCUGGAGUCAACCUAUCAGAAGGCUCUGCAGUCUCACCUGAAGAGUUCUGACAGUGUCGUGUCUCUCCCCCAAUCAGACCGCUCAUCCUCCUCCUCACAGGAGAGCCUCAACCGGCCCCUGUCUGUCAAGAGUGCCAUAGGAGGCAGCAUGACAAGGGGUAAGAUGGUGAGUUCCAGGGUGAACUCCAACUCCGGCGGUUCCCUUCAGCGUUCCCGUAGUGAUGUCGACGUGAACGCCGCGGCCAGCGCCAAGUCACGCCUGAUCACUGUGCCCUCCGCUUCUCCCUUCAGCUCAGCAGCUGCCCUGCCCCCAGGCUCCUACGCCUCACUAGAUGGCACACCCGGUAAAAUUGAUACUGGCCGUGUGCGUACGAGGAGAACAAGCUCCGGCAAUGCUGUCGGAGCCAGCGCUACUGUGACUGACAGCAGGGGGCGCAGCCGAGCCAAAAUGAUGUCCCAGUCCCAGCGAUCCAGAUCUGCUAACCCCACUGGGGGUGGUAAGGCCCGGACUUCAUCCAAUCAGACUGGCAGUCGCUCCAGUUCCCCUGGCAAGCUGCUGGGCCACUCGUCUGGGUACGGGAGGAUCAGCAGGCCGCCCUCAGCCUCCAGCACCCCUGCAGACAAGAGGAGCAAGGUCCCCCGCAGCCAGGGCUGCAGUAGAGAUUCCUCUCCCAACAGGCUGGGCCUAGCCAGGCUGUGUGGUAAAGCUCUUGUUCCUGGUACUCCUCUCUCCUCCUACAACACGCUAGCAAGGAGCCGUAUCCCCCGGCCCAGCAUGAGUCAGGGCUGCAGCAGGGACACAUCUAGGGAAAGCAGCCGAGACACCAGCCCUGCUCGGGGCUUCAAGCCUCUUGCCUCCCGACGUACCUCCCGCUCUACCAGCGCCUUAUCCACGGCUGACCCCCACAGCCAGUCAGACCGAUUUGGUUUGAUCCACCAGGCCCGCAUUUCUGCCUCGGUGAACGCCAUGAGAGUCCUCAACACUGGCACUGAGGUGGAGGCUGCUGUGGCUGACGCACUGCUAUUAGGAGACUCCAGAAAUAAGCGGAAGCCUAUGAGGCGGCGCUAUGAGUCUCCUGGUAUCUACUCUGACGAUGACGCUAACAGUGAUGCGUCCAGCGCCUGCUCGGAACGGUCGUACGGCUCCCGGAACGGAGGUAUCCCUCACUACCUGCGUCAGACAGAGGAUGUGGCAGAGGUACUCAACCACUGUGCCAGCUCCAACUGGUCUGAGAGGAAGGAGGGACUGCUGGGACUGCAGAACCUGCUGAAGAGUCAAAGAAUACUCAGCCGGGUGGAGCUGAAGAGACUCUGUGAAAUCUUUACCAGGAUGUUCGCAGAUCCACACAGCAAGAGAGUGUUCAGUAUGUUUCUAGAGACUCUGGUAGACUUUAUCCUGGUGCACAGAGAGGACCUGCAGGACUGGCUGUUCGUCCUGCUCACCCAGCUACUGAAGAAGAUGGGAGCUGACCUGCUGGGGUCUGUCCAGGCCAAGGUUCAGAAGGCUCUGGACAUCACCAGGGAGUCUUUUCCGUUUGAUCAGCAGUUUAACAUCCUGAUGAGAUUCAUUGUGGAUCAGACACAGACACCCAACCUCAAGGUGAAGGUAGCCAUCCUGAAGUACAUAGAGUCACUGGGAAGACAGAUGGAUCCUACAGACUUUGUCAACUCCAGUGAAACGCGACUGGCUGUAUCUCGCAUCAUUACCUGGACCACAGAACCCAAGAGCUCUGACGUCAGGAAGGCGGCCCAGGUGGUGCUGAUUUCUCUGUUUGAGCUGAACACCCCGGAGUUCACCAUGCUGCUGGGAGCCCUGCCCAAGACCUUCCAGGACGGGGCCACCAAGCUGCUCCACAACCACCUCAAGAACUCCAGCAACACCAGCAGUGUGAGUUCUCCCAGCAACACUAUUGGGCGGACCCCACCCCGCCACACCCCCAGCCGGACCAGCCCCCUCACCUCUCCGACCAACUGCUCCCAUGGUGGGCUGUCUCCGAGUCGGUUGUGGGGUGGGUGUUGGAGUGGCGAUGGGCUGUCUAAGCACCCCCCUCCCCCUCAUCCUCCUCCGCCUCCCUCCACCCCCUCUGGCCCCGCCCUCAGGGUCCUCCGCAGAGCGUACUCUCCCAGUAUGUUGGAGUAUGACACAGAGAACAUGAACUCUGAUGAGAUAUACAGCUCCCUGCGAGGGGUCACAGAGGCCAUCCAGAGUUUCAGCUAUCGCAGCCAGGAGGACCUCAACGAACCAAGAGGGAAGAGGGACGAUGCUGUGGGGCGUGAAGGUGUGGCGUCCUCCCCAGGCUCAGAUGCCCGUUUGGGGCUGGAUGUGGUGGAGGGUGGGCGUAUGGCCUUGGAUAACAAGACCUCCCUCCUCAACACUCCGUCUCCCCGCUCCUUCUCCGGGCCGCGGGCCAGGGAGUUCGCCCCCUACGGCUAUGGGGACACCAUCACCUCAUCCUACGACAAGAGUGCCCUAAAGGAGGCCGUGUUCGACGAUGACGUGGAACAGUUCAGAGACUGCCGUCGGCAGGACGGCAGUGGUGAGAACAAGAUGGUGCUGCCUAAGGGCUUUGCUCCGGGUUCCCAAGACCACUCAGACCUUGUGGCAGAUCUUCUGAAGGAGCUGUCCAAUCACAACGAGCGUGUGGAUGAGCGUAAGGGGGCCUUGGUGGAGCUGCUGAAGAUCACACGAGAGGACAGCCUGGCCGUGUGGGACGAACACUUCAAGACCAUCCUCCUACUGCUCCUGGAGACACUGGGGGAUAAAGACCACACCAUCCGGGCCCUGGCUCUGCGGGUACUGAAGGAGAUCCUGAGAAACCAACCGGCCCGCUUCAAGAACUAUGCUGAACUCACCAUCAUGAAGACCCUGGAGGCACACAAAGACUCCCACAAGGAGGUGGUGCGGGCAGCGGAGGAGGCUGCCUCCACCCUAGCCGGCUCCAUCCACCCAGAGCAGUGUAUCAAGGUGCUGUGUCCCAUCGUCCAGACGGCUGACUACCCCAUCAACCUGGCUGCCAUCAAGAUGCAGACCAAGGUGAUUGAACGCAUCACCAAGGAGUCCCUCCACCAGCUGCUGCCUGACAUCAUACCAGGACUACUGCAGGGCUAUGACAACACGGAGAGUAGUGUUCGCAAGGCCAGUGUGUUCUGUCUGGUGGCCAUCUACUCCGUGAUUGGAGAAGAGCUCAAACCACACCUGCAGCUUCUCACAGGCAGCAAGAUGAAGCUGCUGAACUUGUACAUCAAGAGGGCCCAGACGACCAACAGCAACAGCAGCAGUUCCUCGGACGUGUCCUCACACAGCUAGCUGUAGGAGGGAUCUGCCUGUCUGUACUUUGCAUCUGAAUUAGGGAAUAUGGUGUGUGUCCUAAAUGGCAUCCUAUUCCCUAUAUAGGCCACUACGUUUGGGCUCUGGUCAAAAGUAGUGCACUAUAGUGAAUAUUAUGUCAUUUGGGACACAGUCAUACAGUACCAGUCAAAAGUUUGGACACACCUACUCAUUCAAUGGUUUGUCUUUAUUUUUACUAUUUUCUAUAUUAUAGAAUAAUAGUGAAGACAUCAAAACUAUGCAAUAACACAUAUGGAAUCAUGUAGUAACCAAAAAAGUUUUAAACAAAUCAAAAUUAAUUUUAGAUUGUUCAAAGUAGACACCUUUUGCCUUGAUUGACAGCUUUGUACAAUCUUGGUAUUUUCUCAACCAGCUUCAUAAAGAAUGCUUUUCCAACAGUCUUGAAGGAGUUCACAUAUAUGCUGAGCACUUGUGGGCUGCUUUUCCUUCACUCUGUGGUCCAACUCAUCCCAAACCAUCUCAAUUGGGUUGAGGUCAUGUGAAUGUGGAGGCCAGGUCAAGUUCUUGAAAUUUUCCACAUUGACUGACCUUCAUGUCUUAAAGUAAGGAUGGACUGUAGUUUCUUUGAUGAUUAUAUUUGAGCCCAUAAUAUGGGCUUGGUCUUUUAGCAAAUAGGGCUAUCUUCUGUAUACCAACCCUACCUUGUCACAACACAACUGAUUGGCACAAACGCAUUAUAAAGGAAAGAAAUUCCAGAAAUUAACUUUUAACAAGGCACACCUGUUAAUUGAAAUGCAUUCCAGGUGACUACCUCAUGAAGCUGGUUGAAAGAAUGCCAAUUGUGUGCAAAGCUGUCAAGGCAAAGGGUGGCUACUUUGAACAAUCUCAAAUAUAAAGUAUGUUUUUUGGUUACUACAUGAUUCCAUGUGUUAUUUCAUAGAUUUGAUGUAUUCACUAUUAUUAUAAAAUGUAGAAAAUACUAAAAAUAAAGAAAAACCCUUGAAUGAGUAGGUGUGUCCAAACUUUUGACUGGUACCGUAGUUGUGCCUCUUCCAGACCUCUCCAUUCCUGAGAUUCUCUCUCCUUCACCACGGUGGAUUCCUCCGGAUGACCCUCUGCUUCAAUCACAACUUUUGCUCCCGGCCUUUUCUUUAUUUUCUCUCCAGUGAACUUGUCCUUUCAUUUGUCAUCGAAUUUCUUUCUCCCGUUUUGUCAAUUUUUUAAAUUGUUUAUAUAUAUGUGAGGUCUGGGUAUAGGGUUGUUUAACGCUUUUUAAAUUCUCUAUAAGACCGAAUGGGGGUCAAGCUACUGUACAUCUAUCGCAACACUCUAUUUCACUGACAUUUUUCAUAAUGUAACUUUGGAUGCUUAUUUGGUUGAGCAUUCAAAAAGUAACAGGAGGGGAAAGGCGAAACCAGGAGUUAUGAUAUGGUCCAAUAACAAUGAUAUGGUCUAAUAGCAAAUAAUGCCCUGAAAUUGAUUCAGAAGAAAAUAAAAAACCAUCCCUUUAAAAUGCAGUUGUACUGUAGUUGGACAAAUUAAUUCCUUCACAUUUAACAAGGAAGGCCAAUUGAGGUCGGAAUACCUCUUUCCCAUGGGGACCACAUAGCAUUCAGUUUGUGAUAAACUAAGAAUCAUAUGGCUGGCCCAGUGAUGAUACAAAGCCCUGAUAUAAACCAGGUUGAAGACUUGUGUUUGGGAACAUUGAAAACCAAAUAUGGCAGCAAUUGAAAUUAGUAGAAUGAGUAGUAAUCUCACGUUUUUCUUUAUAAAUGGAGGGAUGAUAUGAAAUCCUAUAAAAAGUGUUAGAUGAAAUGUUUGAACAUUUUAAGUUAGCCAAUUAUAUGAAGCCUCACUUCAGGUAGACAAACGUUAUGUUUUAUUAUUAUCUAUUCGUUUGUUACGGCGGAAACAUUGUCAGAGACCAAUUUGCAGCUAAUAGCUUGGUUCUAACCUGAGAAAUAAAUACUGUAUUAAAUAAAAAUACAGUAAAAUACAUUUGAUAAAAUCUACUUUUUUUUCAACACAAAAUUAUCACUAAAAUGUAAAGCUGUUCAAAAUGUUGUAACUUUUUUUUUUGUGAAAUAAGGAUAGAGAGAAAGAUGCAACUGUGUUUCUGUCUUACUCAUAAUAAAUGAUGGUUGAGGUUAACUCCAUUUGGAUUUGUCAAAUAAAGAACAUUAUUUAGAGAAGAAAAGACAAUAAUACAUAAAAAUGUAAAAAAUCCCUGAAUCAAUCAAGUGAAAUUUAAUGGAUCCCUCCCAACUCCUAAAAUUAGAAUGAGUGUUCUCAACCUAUUCAAUUACCAUGUUGCUAAUGAUGUCAGACACUGAAUGAAUGGGCCAUUAUCAGUCAUGACAACAAACAAACCAGUGUCACAUUUAUUUAUUCCCCCCCUUUUUCCACCUGUGUAGCCAGAUUAUGGCAUUUAACUUGUUAACUAUGACGCUGCUUAUAACGUGUACUUGUCUGAUGAGUAAAAACCCUACACUUGUAGAUAAUGCGAAAGUUACAUGCUCGGUUUCGGAAGGAGAUCAGUGCAUUCAUUGAGACAGAAUCUAAAGAAACUACAGGCUGGUUUCCCGGACACAGAUUCAUUCUAGUCCUGGAUUAGAAACUAUUCUCAAUACAGAAUAUCAAUUGAAAGUGUGUUUAUAAUCUUAAUCUGUGUCCAAGAAACCGGCCCUACCAGGCCUUAUGUUCAUUUUCCUAAAUAACGUUUGGAUCACUUGUACUGUUGAAAGGAGAGGAUGGAUGUACAUACAGAAGUUCUCAGAUCUUAAAAAUGUGAAACCAUUACCCCAUGAACUACACUCAACAGGCUUGCAAACAGAUACAAUCAUAUUCACCAUGAUGAUGCAAAUAUAAGUUGUUUAUAAUAAUACAGUAUUACACACACCUUCCCUUCACCUAACUACAGCUUCUGCAAUAAAGAAAAUACCAUGAUGAGCAAACUAAGUAUUUUGUACAUAACCUUUGAUCAAUCACCGCUUCGCAACUUUCAUGAAAUGAAAUAAAAAGGUUUGGCUGUCUCACUUUGUUGCUCGUUAGCCAAUUAGCUUGCAUGUUUUUGGGCACACAUCCAAUUUGUGCUGCCUUAAAUCGAUGGGUCCUGUUUUGGCUGUUGAAGUGCACUUGUAACCUCAUCAGUUUGGUCAGCCUUUACAACAAUUUAAGUUAUUAUUUUGGUAGGGGAGGAAGACACCUGGCCGCAAUACACUCACUGAGUUCUGUAAAUUGACCAAAACUUAAGUCUGUCUGCCCUAGACAAUUAUGUACACUGUACAGGGCAUAACCGUCUCAAAAUGCCAAGCAGACAUGCACUGUAAAAGCAUCCUAGUUGUCCUUUAGUACUACAUAUUUGGGCAUGUGGCUUUAUAAGGUACGCUGUGUGUGUACCUUGGUACUUAAGUACAGUAUCUGGCAACGAUUCCCAUCUGCUUAAGUUUCAAAUCGCAAAAGAAAUGUUUUUGUUUUCAAAUGGGGCCCAUCAUCCUUUUACAAGUAUGUUAAUUGUAUUUUAUUGUGUGUAAGGGAGAAGCCAGUCAUUUUGAUACAGACAUAAAGUACUGUAUUGGCUGAUGACUCAUGAAGAUCUGGCUCAUUUACAGUCCACAUGACCUACUGAUUGAUGAUGGUAUUCCUAGAAAUCUGUUCACUAUGCAUGUUAUUAUUUGUGUUUGUUUUGUCAUGUAAGAUUCAUAUCUGUAUUUAUAUAAUUGUUUUAUUUAGAUUUUCAUGACAACUUGUACAGAAGGGUUUCGUUAACAUCCACCUGUGAUAGAUGAUUUGCAACAAUGUACAUUUGUUUGCUCUAGAAAUAAACAACCAUGAAAGUUGA